AUGGCGCCAACAAAUGCCCUUCGAGAAGUCAGACGGAUGGAUCCUCUCUUCCAAGAUUGCGAAAAGGCGAAGGGUCUUAUGGACCGUGUCGCCAAACCUCGCACCGGCCCUCCCCUUUCCACAUCCCAAAUAAGGCCUCCGCUCGUGGGCAUUGAGAAGAGUCUGAGGGACUUACAACGCCUCCUCCUCAGCCCAGAUCGCCAACACCACCCAUUCCGAGAAGCAAGCCAUGAAGACCGCUGCUUCAGGGCUAUCCUAGAGGGAUGUGCGCAGGUCCUAGCCAGCACCAUCUACAAUUUAAAUCUUCUCGCCACCAGGAAAUUUCCUGACCCGCCUGACCUUUGGGAUGAAUGCCACACCCUGAUAGAAAUCUACCACAAGAAUUUGGAUAAGCUUGUUUGCAUCUUAGGCCCAGCCCAGGACGGUCCGCGCCCGUUAGAAUUCCUAGAAAGUAUCGAUACGACGAACAAACGGGCUACACUACUAAAGCAGAUGGUCAACGAGAAUAUAAAGCAAGCCACAACGAAAGAAUUAUCAUCCACUGCACAAACGCAAGCUCACGUGCCUGAAAAAGAGCAAACAGAGGGGAAAAGGUCUCCAGCCCAGAGCACACUAACACGACCAAAAGCUCAAGCACCUGAAAAAGACCAAACAGAGGGGAAAAGGUCUCCUGCCAAGAGCACACCAGCACAGCCUCCUCCAAAGUCCACCCACACUGGCUCCCACCCGAAUCCCUCGAGACAGUCACAUGGAGAUCAUACCGGCCACAGAGGAGGCGAAGAAGGACGUGGCAAUGUUUGCAAGGCGCUCAAGAGACUUGGAAUCCUACAGGACAAGGCUCUAAAAGGCAAUCGGGCAUUAUGGCUGCUGAAGGCCAUAGACAUCAAAGACGACAGGGACUCCCUCGAGAUGGUCCGCCUUCUGCUUGAACUGGGGUUUGAUCCCAAUCAAGAAUCGCCUGACCCCAACACCGAGAUUACCAAGGAGCCCGAGGAUCCCAAGGACCGCAAGUACCCCAAGGAUCGUCCACUGUGCUAUGCUGCCAAAAAGGGAAAAUCAGACAUCGUGGAGCUCCUCAUUGAGAACGGUGCAGAAAUCAAUGCUCGAAACGACCUUGGGGAAACAGCACUUCUAAGCGCUGCGAAGUGGGGGAUGGACGAGGUGGUUAAGCACCUCCUGAAUGCACCGCAUAAUGCCGAUAUCGAAACACAGAGACAGGGCGCAGGUAGAAGUUAUGUCAAAGGAUUCACUCCUCUGAUGCUGGCGGUCUAUAACGGUCGCCUGAAUACGGUCAAGUUGUUGCUCAACCGAGGAGCCAAUCGCGAUGUGGUGGAUCAAGCUGGGAAUCCCCUGUUUUACAUCGCCAUCUCAAGGGAUAAAGUGGGUAUUGUCGACUUUCUUGUUGAUAAAAAGCCCGCAGAGAUUGCGGGGACCAACAAAGAGUACCCUCAUGAUACGCCGCUACACUGCGCCGCCCGGAAUGGGUCCAUCAAAGUCGCAAGUUACCUCGUUGACACAGCUCCGGCUCUGAUCAACGCAAGGAACGAGGAGGGAGAUGCUCCUCUGUCAUUGGCGGUGAAGGAGAAACCCCGUGAUUUGGAAGUGAGAAAGAAACAAUGUGAAGUGGUUGAACUCUUGCUGAACCACAAAGCCGACAUUAACGCCACCGACAGAAAGGGUCGCACACCACUCCAUAAUUCCGCCCUCGCUGGGGAUGCGGAGAUGAUACAGAAGCUGGUCGACGUAGGCGCCAAGACUGAAUACUUUGAUAUUGAAGGGCAAACUGCCCUUCAUUGCGCCGUUUCGGUAAAGGACGUUGCCAGUGUUGAAGCGUUGCUGGCGGGGGACUCCAAUAUCGACUGCCUUGACAACAGAAAGGGACAAACGCCGCUGCACCAUGCUGUCAUAGGCGAAGAUCCAGCUUUGGUCAGAGUUUUGCUCGGUCGUGGAUGUAAGAGGGACGUAAACGAUCACGACGGCAAAUAUCCGCUCCAAUAUGUUAUGGACAUGGACCCGUUGAAAAAAGCUUCAUCCCGGGAGCUGUUGUGCGCAUUUCUGCACGACAAUAAAAAUCAGGCAUCGCUGUGGGCUGGUUUUCCCGUGUUGUCCAAGGCAAGCCAGGAUGGAAAGCUGGUAUUCGUUCAAGAAAUAAUCAAAAGUCACUCCAAUCUCGUCUCAUGGAAACCGCAGCCGCCCUUUGACAGCACAUUCAAACCGGCGCUGCACGAAGCGGUCAGAAAUGGCCAAAAACAAGUCCUCGAGGCGCUGUGCAAGGUGGCAAAAAACCCUCAAGCCAUUAACUUGACGGACCAUGCAGGCAAUACUGUCUUGCACCAGGCCAUCAUCAGCAACCGGCCAGAAUGGAUCUCCCAGUUGAUAAGAUUAGGAGCCGAUAAGGAGCUCGUGUCGGGUGAAGCUGACGGAUCGCUGCCUCCGCUGCACCUUGCAGCUCGCCACAUGAAUGUGAAGGCCAUCAAGGCGCUUUUGGACGAGGACGUAGAUGCGAAAAGGCGUAUACCUGGAGGUCAAAUCUGCGACGUGUGUAUGCGGUUGAGGACGACUCCCUCUGGUAGGAAUGCCAGAUGCAUCCUCCGCAACCUCGAUCCCAGCCGUCGGUCAGAUCCGAAUUUCCUGUCGAUCGACCAGCUAUUGCGACACGCCAGCACCAGCACGCUCAGAAGAGGGCUGGUGUAA